AUGAAUAUAGAUACUAGAUCACAAUUGGAGAAAUAUCAAAAGAAUAGUUAUGAUUUAAUUAGACGUACAAGAGAUCUAGUUGACUCUAUUCAUAACAAUAACAACAAUGACAAUGACAAUGGAGCAUCAAAUCUAAUGGACUUGAUGAUGAAACUUAAACAAGAAUCAUUGAAUAUUGAUAGUACACUAUCACAACAAGAUGAGGUGUUGGACCAACAAAAGAGUAGAAACGAUGCACUGCAAGAAAAGUGUCAAUCAUUGGUCUACCAAAAAGAAGUACUGAAACAAGAGAUUGAACAUUUACAACAAUCAUUCUCUUUUGAUCUCAACAACCCAUCACUUAAUCUACCAAUAUACUUGUCAUCUGAUCAAAACCAACAAGAUAAUAGUCAUCAAAUCAUUGAAAGUUUGGAAAAAGAAAUGACUCUAAGAAUAAGUAAAUUAAAUGAAUUAGAAGAAUGGAAACAAUCAUGUAAAAAGGCAAAAGAAGAAUUAAACAAAAGACAAAAGGAAUUGGAUUCAUUUGAAUCAAAGUUGAAAUCCAAUCAUAUAACAUUACAACAAAUCAUUAAACCAUUGCAACCAAAUAUAUCCGUACAACCAUUACCAUCACUACAACAACAACAUGACCACCAACUACUAGUACUUGCUCCACCACCUCUUUAUAAUCUCUACCAUGAAAUUCAAGUAUUUAAAGAUUUAUUUUAUAACCGACUCACUAUAGAUAUUCAAUGUAAAACUGAUAUUGAUGUAUUGAGGAAUCAAUUAUACAGAGGAGCAGGAGGAAGUACAGGCACUGCUGCUACAACCAAUCAACCAUUUCCAAUUUCAAUUGCACUUUCCAUUCCAUCUACCAAGAAUCAAUCCACUCUAUUAUUAGAGUUUUAUUAUUAUCCUAUUAUGAAACUUGUUACUGUCAAUCCAUCACUAGAUGGAAAUGAACAAGCUGGACAACAAAUAUUGGAACCUUUGGCCAAAGAUAAAGGUUUAUAUCAUAAUUAUUUUGAAAGUGAAACAGAUUUAAAUGUAAACAAACAACAAUUAAUUGGAAAACCAUUCAUUUGGGCACAAUAUAUAACUGGGUUAUCAUUCCUACCAGAUUUGGCAGUAGAAGACAUCAGUAACAAAGAUUAUCAUUUACAAGAUUUCAAACCAAAGACAUCAAAUGAAAUAUUGACAGAAAUUAUAACUAGUUUUUAA